CUUGGUAUAUCCUGGGAAGUUCUUGUCUGUAGGGCUGAAUUUAGGACAUAACGCAUGAAACUGUCGACAUGAAGUGUUUACUAACACCGCUGCUUAUCUCCUUUUGUUUUUUCAAUUGUGUGCAAGCUUAUAAAGCUGCUAACCCGGAUCCCAAUAACGAGUUUGAUAAAUGCGACUUUGGGCGCCAUUUGACCAAAAGAUGUGUGGGUGAGACCAUGGACCCACAGCUCAGUGUUUGUCCCACAGGCUUCUUCUGUUUCACCCCCGUCGAUGGAGAGGGACCUUGUUGUCGUAGAGACAAUCCCUGCAGUACGGGAGUUCCCUACAAAGUGAGUGACGACGCAGUGACAUGUAGUCAGAGAAAAAGAUGUCCUUCCGGUCACGUGUGUACCACUGGCAAGGGUUAUGCCGUGUGUUGUCCUGCUCAUCGACUCUGUCCUAGGCCUAACAACUGUCCAAUAAUUUCACCUCCACGAUGUGCCAGACCAACUACCUUCCGUUACAAGGGUGGGCUUAUAUGUCCCGGUUGUGACAAGAACGUCUGUAAACGUUCCAAAAAUCACUACAAAAAAUAAAACAUACAUCGAUGUAUAUCCUUUAUGCAAUACAAUUUUAGAUACUCUGGUUCAUAUUUACUUGUAUGUAAAAUGUGAUUUUAAGACAAAUUGUUUUGUGCAUUAUUUAAAUAUCAAAAAAUCUUCAUUGUUUGUUAAUCAAAUAU